AUGACAUUGGAUAAAGUCGUGCAAGCCAGUGGCGGAAGCGCAAGAGCCCCACAUGCCUGGAAAAGCGUUCCACGCUGGGCCACUGCCAUUUUGAGCCGACUGGCGAAGCUGGGUCUUGCGGACCAGGCUCAACAGACCUUGAAGGAGCUACAAAAGAGUGUGAAGAUAGAUGUGGUUCACUGGGGCGCUGCAAGCCAGGCUUGCAGGCGGUGGCCGCAGUCGCUGGACAUGGUGCAGUCUGCGAAGGAGCUCGGCAUUCUCCCCAACGAGUUCGUUUUCAGCGCAGCAGUCACCAGUUGCACGCAGCACCGAGCGUGGAGGAUGGUCCUGGACUUAUUUUCGGAGUGCUCGCGGAGACGUCGGCUCAAUGAUUUCCUCAAUGUCGGAGCAAUUGCCGCUUUGAGCUGGGAGUCGUCCUUGCACUUAUUGGAAACAACGCGGGAUCGACACAUCCAGACACAGCAAGUGACCUUCUCCGCAGCAAUGGGAACAUGUUCAAAGGCGCAGGUAGACCUGUGGCGCGCAGCUAGCGGCCUUCUGGAAAGCAUGUCCCUUUGCAACAUCACUUUGAACAUUGUUGCCUGCAACACCCACGCGGAUGCUUGCGCUGGCGCAAGACGAUGGCAGCAAGCUUUGGCCGCUGUGCGAAAGAUGACCCAGAAUGCAUUGCAAGUCAACCUUAUCAGCUUCAACUCUGCCCUGGCAGCCUGUGAGAAGGGCUACGAGUGGAAGCGUUGCCUUUCAUCGCUAUCGUUCAUGGAAACAGCACGAGUCAUGCCUGAAAUUAUCAGCUUUGGCUCUUCCAUCAGCGCCUGCGAAAAGGGGAUGCAAUGGCAUUUGGCCAGCGAGCAUCUCCAGCACAUGUGCCACAGGAGGUUCCAUGCGGAUGCCGUAGCAUUGAGUGCAGCGAUGAGUGCGUGUGAGAAGGCCGGUCAGUGGGAGGCAGCUCUUGUACUGUUGAAGCCAACAUUGGGCGCGAGCCGUGGCGUCUUUGACCUGAGCUGCGCCUUCAGCGCUGCACUGAGCGCCGCGGAGCGUGGCGGCGCCUGGGUGGCUGCGCUGGCGCUGCUGGACACAGCAGCACGUGCCCGCUGCCCUUUGUCAGGUAUGUUUGCUGGCGCUGUGGCCAGUGGCAUCCGGAAAGCGCAUGGUGAGGAAGCAGCAGUGGAGUUUCUCACAAGAUCAAGAUGGCAGUGGGAGGGAGCUUCGCCACCAAAGGCAGUCAACUUGGACACUGGCGACCUCUUGCCAGGCGUGCAGAUUCUUGCUGAAGCACCAGGGCUAGUUGUCAUAGCAAAGGAGUCAGACGUAAGGACAGAAGUGCUGGUGAAUGCCGCUCGAAAGCUGAUGCGACAGGAGCUCUUCGUGGUUUCCCGCCUGGAUCGACCCACUUCCGGGCUGCUGCCACUGGCCAGGGGCCUUCACGCCAUGAACUGGCUGCAGGCGCAGUUUGCAGGCCGCCUAGUGCACAAGGAAUAUGCAUGCCUUUGCGAGGGCUCACCACUGGGGCCUGUAGGCACUUGCGGUUGCAUAGACACACCGCUGCAUGCUUGGAACUGGGCUGGCGAAGUCGGAAGGACAGUGGUGGCACCAUUUGGCCGAGAGGCAAUCACAGAGUACGAGGUGAAGGAGAGGUUUAGAGGUGCCGGCUCUGAGCUGAUGCUGCUCUCUGUGCAACCACGCACAGGUCGAAUGCACCAGAUCCGCGCGCACCUCGCCAGCAUCUCCCGCCCCAUUGUGGGAGAUGUGAUCUACGGCAAUCUGUCGUCGCCAGUGCAAUGCCAUCGCCUGUUCUUACACUGCCAGCGCUUGCAGUUGUGGGACCUUUCCAGCAAGCCACUUGCUGUGUCCAUGCCACUGCCGCCGGCGUUGCAGCGCUACUUGGAGGCUUUGAGGCAGCCGCUGUAG